AUGGACGCCGCCCGCGCCGUGCUGAAGUGGAGCGACCCGGAGUGGCGCCCGGCCGACGCCGUCGACGCGUCCGGCGUCGGCCUGCUGCACUCGGCCAUCGCGCAGGGCCGGCCGGACCUCGUCCAGCUGCUGCUGGAGUUCGGCGCCGACGUCGACCUCCGAGACCACCCGGGAUUCGCCGUGCUCGAGUCCGAGGAGGUCAAGCGCGUCGGACUCCGAGCCCGACCGCUCGACCCCGACGCCCCGCUCAAGCCGGGGAAGCUCUACUUCCUCGUCGACCUCCCCCGCGCCGACCCCGAGCCCGACUACCGCCGCGCCGGCGCUGGCGCCGCGCGUUCCUACUAGGCGCCGGCGCCGCGCGUUCCUACGCGUUCCUACUAGUUGCCCGGUGACGACGACGACAACGAGGCCCCCCCGGCCCCGAGCCGCCGCACCUUGAAGCCCCAUCGCCCAUCGUCUCCGCUGCGCCUCGUGGCCUCCCGAUCCGUCUCCCCCUACGUCCCCCGCCGCCGAUCCGACGCCUCCGUCGAAGAAGAAGAAGAAGAAGAAGAGAAAGAGGAAAAAAAAAAAGCUAAUGGUGCAAUCUAGAAGAAGAAGAAGAAAAAGAAGAGAAAGAGGGAAAAAAAAAUAGUGUAAAAUUUUUUUAAAUGAUGCAAUCUGGCCCUAAUGGUGCAAUCUGGACCAUUACACCAUUACACUAUUUUACACCA